AAUUGCGGUUGGUUGUGACAACUUCUAAAGUGGCGACUAUAACCGGAACAGUAUUAUUUUAAACGAUCAGAUUUUGUUUAGAAGUUUCCUUGCAUCAUUUAAUAUCUUUGUAAGCACUUCCGUAUACUAUAUGUCACUUGCUUGUUUUAAAAAAAGAGUUCACUCAUUCUACGUUAUGUAACUGUAUUCCAUAUAAGGAGUGAACUCGUGCUAAAACAAAGGUUUAUCCGUUAAUGUCACCACAGUUGAGCGCCCACGCACCAUGAGCUAAAAAGGCAGAUACUUUCUCAUUUUAAACAAGCAAUUUUACAUCGUGUGUGUGGGUAUGGAAAACGAUUACCGACAUUACGUCAUAAUCCUUUAAGUGUGUUUUUGGAACAGAGAAAACAACGUUUUUUGACACAAAAUCCUAUAUAAAAAAACAAUUAAAAAAUCUCAAAAACAUCGAUAUUAAAACCACUUUCUGUUUUUCGAUUGGAAGGAAAUCUUCUCUUCUCUUCUUCUUCUCGUGUUAUCCGUUCAUGGUGAUUGCGGUUUCCCUCGCAUUAUAGUUAAUGUCGGUCUGCAUGUUAUUAUUUCAUGUAAUUAGCUUCCUUUCACCGGCCAUAUAAAACUUAGUAUUAGCAUUACCAGUAUUGCUCAUUCAACGAACGAUACCAACUGAACGACUAACUCCUGCUUUUCAAUAUGGGUCCAGCUAGACGAAAAUCAAGUCUUGGGUUAACCAUGGAUUCACUUAGAGUAGCAGCUGAUAAGUUGAAGAAAAGUCCAAAAGCGAUGAAGAAAAAAAUUGACGAAGCUCUUAAUAAAGACAAACAUUCAGAUGACUGGAUAAACAAUCGGGAAAAUGUUCAAAAUGGCGUCACUUUCAAUGUCAAGGUAUUGGGUAAAAGACCUGCGACACAUCCUCAAGGUAAAGGAUGCACGGAUGAAACAGUUGAAGAAUUAGUUCAAAAAUAUAAAAAUAAAGGAAAGCAUGAAAAACUUCAAAAAGUGUCAAUGCGAGUUGACAGUAAGAAAAUGAUUAUUCGUGAUCUUCUCACGCAUGAACUAAUAGAUGAUGUUCAAGUGCACAGGAUUUCAUAUUGCACUGCCGACCCUCAUUAUCCCAAAGUGUUUGCGCUUAUUGCGCGAGAAAAAUUGACCAAGAAACUAUACACACACGCGUUUCUCACGAACAGAAAAGCUAUGGCCGAGGCCAUCGCACUAACAGUAGCUCAAGCGUUUACAAUGGCUUACGAAGAAUGGGAGGAAAAAUCAAAAGAAAGACAAGAGCAAGUAGAGAAUGCUCAAGAUGCUGAUGCAAAAGACCUUUAUGGAGAUUUGGGGGAAGAAAAACCAUCAUCAAAAAGUACAAACCCUUUUAAAGCAUUUGAGGAAGAUGAUGGUGAAUUUGGUUAUGUGUCGAACAUGUUGGCGCCAAAAGUAGAAGCCAUUGAAAUCGUCGAGCCGUGUAGUAAUGAUUCACCGGAUGAAGAACAAGAUGAAUUUCAAAUGUUAGCAAAAUCGAGAAGAAAGGGACUGGACACUGGUUUAGUUCGUAAAGCAACAUUCAAAGGGAAUAUUACAGAUUUCUUAGCAGUGAACAACACGCUUACCGACUUAGAACGAGCUCGGUCCACUGAAGAUUUAUCAGCAUCGCCAUGGUCAUCACCUGCUCCAUCUCCGCCCACUGAACGCCCGUUUGAGUUCCGCACAAACGUUCCGCCAUCACCAACACCAGCAACAUCUGAAAACUUGAUUGAAUUUUAAAGCUAGAACCUUUUUAACUUGUUGUAAUAUAUAAUAUUUAUUUAAACUUUUGUGUAUAUUUUUAAACAUAUUAUGGUUUGGGUAAAACAUAUUUCCGUCAUUCACUGACUUACCUUAAA